UGUUGUGUCACCAUUUUGCAUUGUUUUGCACAGCGAACACUCAAGUCUAAACGACCCGCUCUGUUAUUUCCCGUAUUUCAAUCGAAAAGGCUGCCAAAAUGUCCGAUAUCGGUUCUGAUGAAUUCGAAGAAGAGCAGGGGCCAUACUUAGGAGAGUACGAAGGUGAAAGGAAUGAACGCGAUGAACGCCAUGGUUACGGUAAAGCCACACUCCCAAAUGGUGACACAUAUGAAGGUCUUUAUGAAAAUGGAAAGAGAAAUGGACAAGGAACUUACAGAUUCAAAAAUGGAGCUCGGUACAUAGGGGAAUAUACAAAAAAUAAGAAGCAUGGCCAGGGCUUAUUCAUCUACCCAGAUGGAUCAAAAUACGAGGGAAGCUGGGUGGAUGACCAGAGGUGUGGCAGCGGUAAAUACUACUACGUCAACGGUGACGUUUAUGACGGAGAAUGGCAGAACCACGUCCGAAACGGCCAGGGAAUGUAUUUCUACGCCGAGACGGGGACAAAGUACGUCGGAACGUGGAAGGAGGGCCGACGGGAAGGAGCUGGUGAACUCAUCCACGCCAACCACAAAUAUGUCGGUUCCUUCAAGGAAGACAGGAUGGAGGGCAAAGGCAAAUACGUAUUUGAUAUUGGUUGUCAGCAGCAUGGAGAAUAUAUCCCAGUUGAACAGCCUCAUGACGACAAGGCUGACGAAGAAGAACAAGCCACUGUCGUCAUCCCAAAAUGGAAGGCGGGAAAAGUAUCCGAGAUCACAGUCGAUGAGCCAGAGCCAGAGGAGGUGGCCGCAGUUGGUUCACCGAUACCCGAGGGUGAGGAGGGGCCUGCUGGGUCCCCUGCUGGUGAAGAGGCCCAGGAAGGUGAGCCACCUGCUGGGACGCCGCCGGCUGAGGGUGAACAAGCCGAAAAACCAACAACACCAGCUGAAGAACAAGCAGAGGGGGGAGAACCACCUUCACAAGAGCCAGCAGAGGGAGGUGAACAGGAACAGCCUGUAGCAGAGGUGGAGGAGACUCAAGGGGAGGCACCUGCCGAGGAUGCCCCUGUGGAGGAGGGUGGCGAGGUGCCACCUGCAGGGGACGUGGACACAGGAGAUCAGGAGGAGAGUUAGACAUCAGUGCACAAAAACAUUUUUAAAGACAAUUUUUAUCGAUGGAAAAACCUUGCUUUUCUGGUUUUUCUUGGCAACAAGAUCGCUGUGGUUGGUUUGCAGAAACUUUCUACUGUUCAUGGAAAGAAGUCGCGUUUGUAAAACCAAUAUGGAUUCAAAAUAGUCAACUGGUUGUCAAACCUUAGUAUUCUCAGAAGUGUGUAGUGUUGAGAAAGAGAAUGGCAUAGGCUGACAUCGUAGCAACCUCUCACCUUCAUCUUGUUGCCAAGUUUCAGUGGAAUAAACAAGGUUUUUUUCAUCGACUGACAAAAUGGACUUCUAUAAAAGGCACUUACGAAAUGGAUAUCAUACACCGCGGAACUUCUAAUGGCAUCUUGUGGCAUUCUACUAACGACGGCUGAAGCUGUACCUCACUCGUAUGUUAAUUGCUCCCACGGCAAAUUAUCAGGGUUUUAGUAUUUUUAUAAGACAUCAUCGCAUAAUUCUGGAGUAAGUUAUGUCCUGUCCUUCCACAUGUACUUAUUAAGGCCAGUUAGGUCUAUCAGUCAUCAAUGUAUUGUUAUGUGAUUGUUGUCGUUUUAUUUGUACUAUUUUUCAGUGUAGCAAUAACUCAACCACAUCCAAUCACAAAGUUGUAAUAUUCAGUUAUUGCAGUCAUGAUUUUGUGGUGAAAAUUCAAAGUUUCAAAAUACACCAUCAUUUUGAGAUUGACAGAUGGCUUGGUUACUCCUAGCCCUAUCAUGAACUCGUAAACAAACUUCUUGUUUAUUUUAGUUGCAAAAAUGAAUAAAUCCAACAACACUGAUUUUGUGUGUCAAUAGAAGUACCGCUCAGGACCUUCCUCAUCAGUUUCCACUUUCUCUGCUCCAAGUAUGUAAAUAAUUAUCGAGAUUAUCUAAUUUAUUGAGUACAAUUUGACUCCAUGACUCCAGUUGACUGCAUGUUUGUUGAAUGUCCAUUUUGUAUAUUAUUCCACAUAAUAAAGUAUUCGUUUAAAAACUA